AUGUCAGAUCCUGAUGGAGAUCCAGUUGGAUGUCGUUGGGGUACAAAUGCGGUUGAGUGUGGGAGCGUUUGUGCUAAGAAGGGAGAACUUCAAACGUUUCCUUGUGAACUCAAUUAUACAGCUGGUGCCAGAGAAGGUUAUGAUGCAAUUGCUGUAAUUAUCGAGGACUUGGAUGAAACUAAUUCACCAAUGUCCUAUGUUGGCCUUCAGUUUCUCAUCCAAGUUGUCAGGGAUUCGGCUGAAUGUGGCAUUAUUCCGGUCUACAUCGGAGAUAGAAGUCCAGAUGAAUGUGUGGCUCUCCAUUCGAAUGAACAUGUCCGAGAACGGGUUGUGUUUCAAGUUGGAUGCAGUGGAAUGACGAUUACUAAUGUGUUUGCAGAUAAUCAACUACCUGGUCUUACGAAAGAUCCUGUUAUACGUGAUCCACAAAAUCCUUACCAAUUCAUUACCUAUCUCAAUUGGACGGCCUCUGUGAGUGGAGUUCAUCUUCUUUGCUUGACGGCCAUCGAUUCAGUCAAUCAAUCGAGUAUUCCAGCUUGUUGGUCCUAUCAAAUAGGCACGCAAGGACCUGAAUUUCUAGUUGAUACCAAGAAUCCACCGAUUGGACAACAAAUUAUCAGCUCUCGACAGGAUGAUGUACUGAACUCUCCUCUUUCAGUGGAUGUCUGUCGUUUUAGGACAUGA